AUGGCAGCAUUUUCACGGAGCUUGCGAUCGCUCCUGCAGGCAAUCGCGUUGCUCAGCGUCAUCUUCUUACUUAUAGCUGGAUUUGGGUUCCUUAACCUAUCGCAUAUCAAACCCAUCGUCACUGGAAUACUUAAACCGUCUCCUGCAGCUACUCCUGUGGCUGAUCCUCCAAUAACUCCGCAGCCUCCCGAGCGCGUCGAUAACAGCGACGGCAGUCCUGAGCCAUCAGCAAACGACAAUAUCACUGCCAUUGUCCAUUCAAUCCUGACACCAUCGGAUUCGAAAUCGGGCUUAGAAUGUCCUCCAUUCAAUAAAGAUCGUUAUGCCUACUUGGGAGGAGGCUCUUCUGGAUCCCUCCAAAGCGGGCGACUCCCACGAUAUUUCUUUGCAUUGGACUUACAUCAAUGUGUCCAUCUUCUUCCGCAAUUGAUUGGUUCCAUUGUAGAAACCAUGUACUUUCUCGGGCCACAGAACUGCGUCCUUUCCAUAGUCGAAGGAAGAUCCGACGAUGGCACCUUUGAGGUAUUGGAUCAGCUCAGGGCAAGUAUGCAAUUGCUUGGAAUUAAAUACCACUUCAAAUCGAGCGACAUCAACCCUUUGGCCAAAGGAGGAGACCGUAUCGAAGGCCUUGCAAAGCUCCGCAACCUAGCCGUGAGAGACCUUAUCGCACAUCCGGAGCAUUACGACGAGGACACUACGGUGAUUUUCUCCAACGACAUAAGUUUGUGUAUGGAAGACAUCCUGGAAAUAAUACACCAGCGGAAGUUUCAGGGAGCCGAUCAGACAUGUGCCAUGGACUGGACAUACGUUGGCGACAACCCGACUUUCUAUGACGUUUGGGUGUUCGCAUGCUGGAACGGCAUAACAGCUUUCACCGCGAAACCGCUCAUGGAGAAGAAGAUCAAGUUUCGAUCGCAUAAGGAGGGCGAGUGUUUCCAAGGCGAGCCGAAGCUGUUCGCCAAGGACAUGUGGUUUAACGGCUAUGGCAAGAUUGCUGUGGUACCAAGCGUUAAUGUCGAGUACAGCAAUGAGGCAACUCAGAAGAUAAAAAACCUAAAAGGCUAUACAUCUAAGCAUGUUGCCAAUGAAGGAGAUAUAAAGAUCGAGUGGGAGACAUCACCUCCAGCAAAGGUGAAGUGUAUGCCGGACUAUCGACAUCAAACGUUUGUUGCUUGGGACGAGGGGCUGAGGCAGUAA